GCGACCGGGACCGGGAUCGCGGCCGGAGCGAUCCCGGCGGCGGUCGGGAGCGGGCAGGGCACCCCGGUGUCCCCGGCGGUCGCUGCUCUCCGUGCCCGGGCGGAGCGGGCGGGGGUCCCGGGAAGGGCCGGUUCGGGUGCCGGUGCUCCCACGGCGGGGGUUCGGCGCAGGGAACGCCGGGCUGUGGGCGCGUUCGAGCGGCUGGAAGGUGCCCAAGCCCCGGCGCUGCGGUGAUGGGCGCUGCAGGGAGCGACUCCGUGCCAGGGAGAGCAGCCCAGACAAGCCUUGCCCCGCGGGGGUGAGGAGCAGGAGCGGCACCGGGCAGCGGGAGCCAGCCUCCCCCGUGCGUCCCGGAGCCCUCGGUCCAGCUGGAAGACGUCUCCCACGGGGUCAGUGGCCGGAGCGGGGCCGGAGCGGGGACACCGGCACCCAGCCCAGAGGAAUGGCGGUGGGAGCAGCUACUGCUAGGAUCACCAAAUGUUAAAAAGGCAGGAUUCUCCGAGACAUUUGGUGGGAAACGACGCUGACACAGCUGUUGUCGGGCAGCGCUUAGCCUGGAACAGAUAUCCAAAGGCUGGAAUGCCCUGUUGCUUGGGCUCCCGGCGGCGUGCCAGGGGUGAUGCUGGCAGGACUCGGCGACCCACGUGCUGCCGCCUCCCUCCCCGCAGGUGCUGCCUGCUGUGCUCAGAGGUGUUUCCUCCGCUCUUGAGUUGGAUGGGAUCCCACCGGUGGGCAUGCGUGUGCCACACCGGCGCUUGGCACGGCUGUGUCCCCGUGACCAACACGGGACGCCCAGGCAGCGCCAGCGCCCGGGGCCUGGCCGCCGUCAGCCACGGCCCAGCCCUGCCAGCACCGUUGUGCCUCAGCUGCAGGACGUGUUUGACACCUUGUGCCAAGCCUGGGAGGAGGAGGAAGAGCAGGGUGACAUGGUUUCCCUUCUGUGACGGGGACAUGCCUCCCAGCAGCUUAUCAACACAGCGUGUUUUCCUCCGAGACGAGUCCUCUGGCAGCAGCCGAGGGACAGCUUAAAAGCUGGCCAAGGGUCACUGUCAAAGGUCCCGCUUUCUCCAAAUAAUGUCACAAACUCUGUGCUCACAUGGAUGCUCUUGCAAGAGGUCCCGGAAACCGGGAAAAUUACCCAGCUCAUAAAACUUGCAGUGAGGAAACCCUCAGCAAAGUGCAGGGACACUCUCCCACACAGCCAUGGGUGUGCAGCCCCCGGGGAGAGAGGAGAGGCAGCAGCCACCUGCCAGCACCCUGGGCUGGGGUCUGCCACGGGUGGGGGACCCGGGGAAAGAAUCCCCAGAGCCCCUGCAGGGCAGGGUUUCUUUGGGAGAACCUCAGCAGGUUUCUUGGGGAGCUCACAGAUUGCCACCUGGAGAGAGCAGAGCAGCAUGGGCUGCCCUCUGCACUCACGUCCCCAGCCACCUGUGCGUGCCCUGGGGUGGGCUGUCCCCUGCGGGGUCGGGCACAGCCGGGCAGGGGCUGACAGGGGGCACAGCCGAGGCACCGCGGUGGGCGACCGUCACAGCGUCUCCCCGCGUGGGAGCCUGUUCUUUAAUACUUCCUCGCUUAUGGGUUUUUCUGUAUAAAUAGAGCGUGCAGUUCCUGUUUAGGGAAGCUGGCAGACGGCGCAGCGAGGUUUAGUGUUACGGCCCCACGCGGAGGUGGGCGGCGGUCCGGGCGGUGUGGAGAUACCGGGCACGGUGCGGGGACACCCGGGCACGGUGCGGGGACACCCGGGCACGGUGCGGGGACACCCGCGGCGCCUUUGCCCACCGGGACGGACGUGGCCGGAGCCGGGCGGGUCUCUGGGAAGGGGAUGGCCCUUCAUGCGUGGGAGAGGAGCUGUGACACGCUGUGCAGUGUCACAGCUGCUCGGGUGGGUUCGUGCUCUGCGCACCGCCUGCUCAGCCCAGCCUCAGCGGGACUUGCGGGACCCGUGCCUGCCGGCCCGGCACGGCACAGCACGGCACGGCACGGCACAGCGUGCCGGGGCCGAGGCAGGGGAUGCUCAGCCCAGGGUCACCGCUCCCUCAGGAACGAGCUUCCAGCUCGGCUGCAGCCGUGCCCUGCAGAAGGGGCUGGGAGCAGGGGUCUCAGCAUGUGCCGGGGUCGGGCUGCGCUGCAGCCGGGGCACCUUCACCGGCGGCUGCUGCUGCUCUGGGUGCUGCCAGGAACGGGGGACCCAGCUUGGAGCUGAAGUGGCACCCAGGGGUCUCUCCUGGGAUUGCCGCAGGAUGCGUGCUCACCGGGCAGUGCCGGGCACGCUGCCGGCCGGGACAGCCCGGCUCCGGGGCUGCUGGCUGUGUGCUGGCAGCUCUGGCCGGGCUGGAGCCCUCCUGCCUGUUUGCACAAGCGCCGCAGUGGCCAUGGGGGAGGUCAGGGGCCCCGGGGAGGUGGUGUUUGGGGAGGGGGUCCCUGCCCCGCUCCCUGCUGAGAACUUGAUUAGAUUCUGCUCAAUUUACAGCCCUUUGGCUUCCUGGUGUUUCCCUUCAGCCAGCAGGACCUGGUUUCCCUUUGAACGAAAGAGGGUUUUUUGAAAUGCAAAAUGUGUGAAGUUUUGCAGCCCUCCCUGAAGGGGGGGAAGCCCCUGGCCCGGGUGGGCUGUGGGGGGUCCCUGCCCGGCUCAGGGAGCGCCCCGGUGCCAGCAGGGCAGCGUCCCUGCGGCGCAGCACGGAGCAUCCCUGGUACUGCCUUGUGGCAGGACGUGGAGCCCGCGGGCCUCUGCCCUUUCCCACGCCGCUCUGUGCUCCGGGGAGCACCGGGAGCCGCAGCUCAGCUUGUUUCCCAGCUCUGCCACCGUUCUGUUUCCCAGGAUGAGUCAGAGUCCCUGUGGGCAGAGCCCUGUCCCUCCGGGGUCACCGCACUGCCUCUCACUGCUCUCCCACCCUCCGGGGCACUUGGAGCAGGCACAUCCCCGCACAUGGGACACCCAGAGCGGCCUGGCCGUGCUGCUGCCAGCCCGGGGGUCCCCCGCAGGUGCACAGCCUGUGGCAGGGGGUGGCAGGGACUCAGCUCCGCUGCUCCUGAGCACAGCGGGAGAAAUGAGCUGAACCAGCCGAAAAGCACCCUGGGCUGUGUAGCGUGAAUCAGGGCCAUGUGUGGAAACAAGGGAGUCCUUGAGCCUGUGCCUGGGGCCAUCGCGGCAGACCGAGGGGCCGAGCUCACCCCGAGGUGGCUGCAUGUCACCACGAACAAGGGACCCUGUGUGGGCUCGGAGCCGUGCCGCGGGGGCACAGAGGCGCUGCUGGGUCUUCUUGCCACCAUCCCUGCUCGCUGAGGUCUUGCUGGAGGCUGGGAAGCAGCCACAGAAAUGAGGCUGAAGUACCUGGGCCACAAAGCACUGCAGGGAUGAGCAGCUCCCUGGGCUUUGUCUCUGCCAGCCCGGCUGCAGAGCGGUGGGACAGGGUGCUCUGGACCAGACAGUGCCUCACUCCUUUGGGCACAGCUGUGGGCCCCGGGGGCAGCGGGACAUCCCUGGGCAAGCGGCAGGGAGGGAGUGGCUGUGAUGGUCUGCUGGGGUUGGCGAGGCCCUGCGGGACACCCGGGUGGGACACUGGGCUCAUCACGCGUCCCGCAGGCUCUGGGUGAGGUGGACCAGGUCCGGAUGACCUCAGAGGGCUCCGACUGCCGCUGCAAGUGCAUCCUGCGGCCACUGAGCAAGGACGCCUGCAGCCGCGUCAGGAGCGGCAGCGCGCGCGUGGAGGAUUUCUACACCGUGGAGACCGUGAGCUCGGGGGCCGACUGCAAGUGCUCCUGCACCGCGCCGCCCUCCUCGCUCAACCCCUGCGAGAACGAGUGGAGGAUGGAGAAGCUGAAGAAACAGGCCCCUGAGCUCUUCAAGCUGCAGGCCAUGGUGGACCUGCUGGAGGGAACGCUGUACAGCAUGGACCUGAUGAAGGUGCACUCCUACAUCGGCAAGGUGGUGGCACAGAUGAACACGCUGGAGGAGACCAUCAAGACCAACCUGAGCAGGGAGAAUGACUUCAUGAAGGAGAGCGUCCAGCACCUCACCGACCAGAUGAAACGCUACGAGAACUACUCUGACAUCAUGAUCAGCAUCAAGAAGGAGAUCUCCAACCUGGGCUACCAGCUGCUGCAGAAGGAUGCGGCUGCCAUCCCCGAGAGCAAGGCACAGGACACGACAGGUGGCCGAGAGAAGGAGGCAGGGCGGUACCCCAGCACCCGCAAGGCUCUGGGGGACAAGGCAGGCCCCCGAGCGCCCAAGGAGAAGCCGCUGAAGCCUGAAAAGCCCAAAAAGGAGAACAGCAAGGCCAGGGCAGGGUCACAGCCCACGGCCAAGCCCAAGCCCCUGGCGCAGCAGCAGACUGUGGUCCGAGGCAUCACCUACUACAAGGUCGGGCAGGUGGGAGCAGCAGAGGGUCCAACCAGCAGCCGUGAGGGCUCUGUGAGAGGGGCAGCUGUGUCAGAGCAGCAGGAGGACAGGGGCCCCCUGCCCCCCUCAGCUGAGGGCACCCCAGCCCAAUCUGCUGCACAGACGGAGACCACCAUGCCCAGCAGCACAGCUACACCCAGCACUGCCCUGGCCCCCCGCAGCACUGCCCUGGGUCAGGGCCCUGACAGCACCGGGGACCCCGAGACACCCAACAGAGUGAAGGAGGCGGAGUGCGAAGGCACCAUCGAGGCGGUGGAGCCCCCCAGGGAGCACCACAGCUACGGGCGCAACGAGGGGGCCUGGAUGAAGGACCCGGCAGCCAAGGAUGACCGCAUCUACGUCACCAACUACUACUAUGGGAACAGCCUGGUGGAGUUCAGGAGCCUCGACAACUUCAAGCAGGGCCGCUGGAGCAACCUCUAUAAGCUGCCCUACAACUGGAUUGGCACCGGGCACGUGGUGUACAGAGGGGCCUUCUACUACAACCGUGCCUUCACCAAGAACAUCAUCAAGUACGACCUGAAGGAGCGGUACGUGGCAGGCUGGGCGCAGCUCCACGACGUGGUGUACGAGGACACGACGCCCUGGAAGUGGAGGGGCCACUCGGACAUCGACUUCGCUGUGGAUGAGAGCGGGCUCUGGGUCAUCUACCCCUCGGUGGACUACGACUACUCGCAGCAGGAGGUGAUCGUCCUCAGCCGCCUGGACCCCGUGGACCUCUCGGUGCGCAAGGAAACCACCUGGAAGACGGGGCUGAAGCGCAACUCCUACGGGAACUGCUUCAUCAUCUGUGGCAUCCUCUACGCUGUGGACACCUACAGCCAGAAGGAAGGGCAGAUCUCCUACGCCUUCGACACGCACACGGACACGGAGGCAGAGCUCCGACUGCCCUUCCUCAACCACUACUCCUUCACCACGCAGGUCGACUACAACCCCAAGGAGAAGGUGCUCUAUGCCUGGGACAACGGCCACCAGAUGACCUACGGGCUGCGCUUCGUGGUCUGAGUGCCCGGGCGGGUCCCACUGCACUCCUGUGCCCACCUGCAGGCCAUGCCUGCCCGGGGCACCCUGACGCAGCCUGGCCCUGGCACCCCCGCUCCAGCCAGGGCUGUGGCAAGAGCCCGGCUCCCACCCCAAAGCCUUGCCCCUCUGCUAUGGCCAUCACCUGCACCGUGCCCGCAGGGGGAGCACGCAAGAGCAGCCCCCAGCAGACACCCCUGUGACAACGUGGCCCCUGGGGCCGUGGCAGCUCGGCCAGCAUCGCCUUCCCGGGACACGGAGGAGCCCAGCCCUGCCUCCCUGUGCCCCUGCUGGCACCGCCCGCCCUGCAGCAGCGCACCGAGCACCUCCUGCACUGCCCCCAGCCCGGCCCCGAGUGCCACCACUGCCAGCCCUGUGCCCUGCGUGUGCCCCGUGGGGCGGGCGGGCCCCCUCCCUGCCAGGCGCCAGGAACAGGUGCCAGCCGCUAUUUUAGGAAGUGUGGUUAAGAUGCCUCUGCUUUUGCUGAUCAUGAGUUUGUUAUUUAAAUGCGUUCACUGGAGCCGUGCAAGUCCCCUUCGGCAGCAGGCGUGGAGGAGCCUGCCUGGGGUGUCCAGCCUCACAAUAACCAGCACACCUGCCCUCUCACCUGCCCUCCCACCUGCCCUCUCCCCUGCCCUCUCCCCUGCCCGCACCCAGCACUGGGCAGGGCAGCCCUCGGGCCUCUCCCUCUCCGUGUGAGGCAGAGCGAGGGGCUGCUUGGCUUGGUUUUGUUCAUUUUAGACAUGAGCAGUACUAAAACGUAACAGAUGUGA